AUGGUUUAUAAUUGUUAUUAAUAAAAUAAUCUUAUAUAUGAAGGAGAAGUAUUCAAAAGUAAAAAACACGGGUUUGGAAUUUCCUAUUAUAAAAGUGGCACCGCAUAUUAUAAAGGUACUUAUAAAUAAGGAUUAAAACAUGGAAAAGGAAUAAAAUACUCGAAAGACGGAUAAAAGUUAUUCGAAGGAUUUUACAAAGAAGACAUUAUAGAUGGAAAGGGAAUUUUUUAUUACGAAAACGGAAUUUAAAAGUUUGAAGGAAAUUUAAAGAAAGGAAGAUUACAUGGUUUAGGAACUUAUUAUGAUAAAGAAGGUGUUAUUUGUUUCAAAGGUUAGUUUAAAAAAGACAGAAAAAAUGGAAAAGGAAUUAUUUAUUAUGAUAAUGGAAAUAAAAUGUACGAAGGUAAUUUCAAAGAAGAUAAAUAGGAUGGUUUAGGAAUCUAUUAUAAUUAAGAUGGGAAAAAAAUAUAUGUAGGAAAUUUCAAAAACAAUAAAUUUUAAGGUUAUGGUAUUAUUUAUUUUUAAAACGGACAAAAAAAAUACGAAGGAGAUUUUCAAAAAGGGAUUAAAGAAGGAAAAGGAAUACAAUAUGAUAGAAAUGAAAACAUUAUUUAUUAAGGUUAAUUUAAGAAUGGGGUUUAUAAUGGAUUUGGUACUAUUUAUUAUGAAAAAGAAAAGAAUAUAAACCAAGAAUUUAAAAAAAACAAUUUAAAAGGAUUUUUCGAUGGAUUCGGGAUUUUUUAUUAUUAAAAUGGAAAUAAAAAAUAUGAAGGAAAAUAUAAAUAUGGAAAAGCAAAUGGAAAUGGAGUUUAAUAUUAUUUAAACAGAAACAAGUUCUAUGAAGGUAAUUUUAAAGAAGGAAAAUGGGAUGGAGAAGGUGUUUAAUAUUUUCAAAAUGGAAACCUUUUUUACGAAGGAGAAUUCAAAGAUGGAAUGUGGAAUGGAAAAGGAAUUAAAUAUUUUGAAAAUGGAUUAAAAAGCUAUUAAGGUGAUUACGAAUAACACUAAUAAAAUGGAAACGGGACUUUAUUCCAUGAAAAUGGAAAAAAAUAAUAUAAUGGAUAAUUUAAAUAAGGAAAAUAAUUUGGGAAAGGAGUUUUUUAUGAUAUAAAUGAAAAUAUAAAAUAUGAAAAUGAAUGA